UCUCGUGAUCCCUUCAAGGUCUACGGAUACACAAGCAACGUUUGCGACAGUGAACAAGUCCUUUUCUGAACAACCACAAACACCAAAACACAAACACACAUACACAUCCGCCCACCAUGAGGAUAUUAUCAUACUGGAUCUUCCCCAUCAUAUCGGGCCUCGUCUGGCUCGGCAUGCUCCUCGGCAUGCUCCUCUACUGGAUCAUCGACACCCACCGCACAAUCUACCCAUCAAUGUCGCCCCCGCAAUCCAUCGCCUACAUCAGCGACGUCGGCGCAUACUACCUCAAACCCUUAUUCAUCACCGGCUGCGUCCUCACCACCGUCUUCCUCGACCUUUCCUUCUUCUCCGACCGCUGGCUCCGCCACAAGGGUCGCCUCGUGCCCAACACUUCCAUCGGCGAAAAGAUCCUCUACGGCUUCACAAUCUUCUUCGCCAUCAUCGGCACCGUCGGGUUGAUUUGUCUCAGCAUCUUUGAUACCUACCGCCAUAAGAACCUCCACCUGCUCUUCUUGUUAUUCUUCAUGGGCGGGUACCUGCUCUCGGCUAUUUUCAUUUGCUGGGAGUAUCAGCGCUUGGGAAUCAAGUACCCGGACCACACGUACCUCGCCGUCUCUUUCUGGAUCAAGCUCGUCUUCAUCCUCGUCGAGAUCGUCCUGGCCAUCGCGUUUAUUGUCUGCAAUUUCAAGGAGAUUUACAACGCGGCUGCUAUCCUCGAGUGGAUCGUUGCCUUCAUCUUCUCGUUCUACAUCUUUUCGUUCACCGUCGACUUGUUGCCCGCGGCGAAGACGCGGAACAAGGCGCAUCGGUUUUCGAAGCCGGGGAUGAGUCAAUGGACUGGCAGCGGGCCGGGGAACUUUUGAGGGGCGAGGGCCGAUUUUUAUGAGUGGUAAUGGAAAAUGGGAAUGGGACACGAUGAAAAGAAGAAGGCAAAGAUAAUGAGUUGGUGGAUGGAGUAAUCGCGGGCAUGGCGAGGCUCGCGUUGUAUGACUUGCAUUUGCAUACCCCCGGGAACAAAGAUCAUGAGCAACAGGCGUUUUGGGCGUAUUAUUCAUUUUGCGCAUACUCUAUAGGUUUAUAGUAGCAUUUACAAUCCAUGGCAUACGUGCGACAUAAUG